AUGAGUUCUGCAACGUCUACUGCAUUAUUUGCGUGUUCCCGAUGUUUUUCGAGACAUCCCUUCGAAGAAUUGUCUCCUGGUGAACAGUUGUGUAAGGAAUGCCGUGGUUCCUUCCCUGUUGUUAAAUGUACUUAUUGCCGCUCAGAGUUUCAACAGACAAGUAAAUCAAAUACUUCUUCAAUUUGUAAGAAAUGUGAGGCUAAUGUCAAGGCAUAUGGUAAACCUACUGCUUGUGAAUAUUGCAACAUCAUAGCUGCAUUUAUUGGAAACAAAUGUCAACGCUGUGCCAAUUCAGAGCGUAAAUAUGGACCGGCAGUUACAUGUGAGCAGUGUAAACAAAGAUGUGCAUUUGAUAGACAUGAUGAUAGUAAAAAGGUUGAUGGCAAGCUGCUAUGCUGGCUCUGCACCCAGUCACUUAAAAGAGCUCUUGCCCGUACAAAACAGCAUCUAACGUCUAUGGACAAACACAAGCAUAGAUCUCACAAGUCCAAAAACAGUCACAGGGAGAAGCGUAAAUCUGACUCGAUGAAGUCAAAUUCAAAUGACCUUUCAUUAGGUGAUACUCCUUUGGAAAAGAAAUCUAAGCUGAACCCGCUGCAAGGUUUGUUUUCAGGUGAACUGGACCCUAACAGCUCUGACCAUGUUGUUGCGAUGACACAACUUAAAGAAACUAUAGCAAGCCUACAAAAGAAAGUUCAGCAGAAGGAUAUGGAACUCCUUUCCAAAGAUAAACUGAUAACAGAACUGAAAGCUCAGCAUCAUAAUGACACAACAGACCUUCGCACAGAGAUGAAGAAUAAGGAACGUCUAAACGAGACAAAAUUCAAUCUGAUGAAUAGCAAGAUACAGAACCUAUUGAAGGAGGUGGCAACGUUGAGCAAAUCAGCAAAGAAAAACAACAAGAACGCAAAUCUCACCGCACACGCAAAUAUAACAACUGAACUAACAUGCAGACAAAUACAGAGUUUCGUGGACGGUCAUAACUCUCGGAGACUGCUUCUAGCCAAGGGAGAAAUACCCAACCAGCCAGCAGCUGCGGAAAUGAAAUUUAUCGUUUGGGACGAAGAGUUAGCUGCUAAGGCAGCGAAAUGGGCCUCAAGACACGAAUUUGCACACAAUCCAGAUAGAACUAUUGGAUCUGACCGGUUUGAGACUGGUGAAAAUAUAUUCUGGUCGGCAUCAACUGACUUAAGCUACAAAUUUGACCCAAAGAGUGCACUAGAUUCGUGGUUCAACGAACACAAGGAUUUUUCUUUCGGACCUUUGACUGCAUCACACUUUCAGUCUUCAAAAAUGAUUGGACAUUAUACACAGAUGGUGUGGUCGAAUUCUAUUUAUUUGGGCUGCGGCGUAUCAAAGGCGCAAAAAAAUGGAAUGGUUAAUUACUACGUCGUUUGUAACUAUGGACCAGGUGGUAAUUACUUAGGACAAACACCCUACAUCGCAAACGGAAAAGCAAGCAGAAAGCUCAUGUGCCCCAUAUCAGACUGCAGUAGACUCUACGGGGACAAAUGUUAA